AAUAUAUUCAGCGUCGCAAUUUAGGAAGUCAGGGAUGACCAGAAGUGACUAUAUCAAGUUGGGAUAUUACCCGUUCGUUACCAUUUGGCAUAUGCUUGCAACAAAACUGACGGGGGUAGAUGGUGCAAAUGUGGUUGGAGUCAUCGAUCCCUACGCCCGACAUGCUGUGGACGUUCCCCAUGCUCAAACCAUGGAUGAGAGAAAUGGACGAGAAGAUGGAUGGGUCAAAGGAUGGGGGAGCUCACUGUUACACUCUCUUCUUCCUGUGAGAAAGAUUGCCUUGUUCUUGCCUCUAGAGUAUGGGAUGAACAAGGAACAAGCAGGGGUACUGCGGCUACGCGCCGGUGGUUACCCUCCUGCCGCCACCGGCGCUUACCCUCCGCACGGGCACUGCGGCUACGCGCCGGUGGUUACCCCUCGCACGGGACUCAGCACGGUCACAUGGGGAUGGGAUCAUACCAUACCGGGCACCACCAGCACGGCGGCGGCAUCUACGGAGGCGGGAAGCACAAGGGCAGCGGCAUGUUCGGCGGCAAGCACGGCAGGAAGUGGAAGUGAACAAGUGGCCUUACACACAUCGUGCGCGCCCCAACCAGGCAGGCAGCUACUCUAGUAUAAGCUCGCUUACGUAUCUCGACCAAGUGGCCCUACACACGGUACAGUGCGUGAUAGCUUUGCUUACUGUACCCUGAGUCAGUAUGACGGUACAAAAAUAAAGGUGUGAUGUAUGUACCGAACCGUAUUCGACUGGUGUUGUGUACUUGUGUGUGAGAGACCACGGGCUACGAAGCAAAUCGUAUAAAACAUAUCACCAGUCGUUUCUUUUUCGGGCCGCCACUCUCAUUUCGGCCCAGAAUGCAAUCUGAUCUUUUCGGAUUA